AGUAUUUUAUAUUAUACAGUAGAUUACUUAUUAUGAUUUAUGAAAAUGAAAAUGUUGAGAAUUCUUGAUCUUUUUUAUUUUAAAAUGAUUGUUAAUAUAAUAUUAUUUUGAAUUAUGUUUGAUAACGGUAGAUUAAAUUUAUUAUAACACAAAAUUAAAAAAAAAUAACUAAAUCUAAAAACAAUUUAUCCGAAUCUAAAUUAAUUCAAUCAAUAAAAUUAAUUAAAAAAAUUCAAUCUUAGUAUCUGAUUUACCAAUUUUAACAUUUAAUUGAGAUUAUUGUAAAAAUGUUACCUUUGAAACCACCAGUACCAAAAAAAAAUGUAAAAAACAUUAAACUGAUAGAUUUUCCAAUUUAUGACGAAAAUGGAGAAAUUUUAGAACAAAAUUCAUGGCCAAAAUACCAAGGAAUUUUUAAUGGGAAAGUUAUUAUCAUCAACGAUUUAAAUGACAAAACACGUCUUUGCAAUUUGGGAUGUUUUGGACAAUUGGGUAUAAUUGACAAGGAUAAAUUCAUAGAUUACAAAACCCUACAAAAUCAAGUUCUAAGGCAAAAAAAAAAUUGGCAAGCAAUGGAAUUAGUGCCAUUUGAUUUUCCUCAUAAUAACCAGAACGUGACUGAUGAAAAAAACUUGCACAUCAAACUUCAAGAAGAUUAUGUUGCUAAUAAGUCAGUUUAUAAUAAUUGGAAAGAAUUAAAAUCAAGUUGUUCUACAGAAUAUGAACAGUUGUUAAUUCUAUCAGGCGUUCAACAUGAAUUAUCAUACUUUUUACUUUUAGAAGAAGCCUUUUUUUUAUCUUACACUUUAGAAUGUUUGGAAAUGCGAAAAGAAGACAGUUCACUUAUAAGUAUAGUUGAAUGUUGGAAGCAAUUUAAUGGUUUGAAAAAAAAUUUUCCCUAUUUUUAUGCAGCUUAUCAUUAUUAUAGAUCAAAAGGAUGGGUUGUCAAACCGGGACAACAGUAUGGUGGAGAUUAUGUACUAUACAAAUCAUCACCUAUUUACUAUCAUUCUUCAUAUGUGGUUGUGAUCAGCGUUAAUGGUCAAAAUAGUGAAUUGCUACCAUCAUGGCCUUCGUGGUAUGGAUGUGGUAGAGCAAUAGAAGCUGCCAGUAAAGAGCUACUUAUAUGCACAGUUCUUGGUCCUGCAUAUGAAGAAGGAAUGCUGAUCGAUCUGUCACAAUACACUGUCAAUGACACUAUAGUCAGACGUUGGGUGCCAUCUCAAAACAGAAAAAAACCUUAAUGUUGUUAAUAUGAGUAAACCUUACACAAAAAAAUAGUAUAUUGUGUGACUAAAAACAAAAAUAUACAGAUUAAAUGACUAUUUUAGGUCAGUUCUUUCUAAUCUAUGAUUUUUUUUUAAUUUCUUUAACUUUUCAUCUUCUGUACUUCUGCAUUUUUUUUAAUUCCUGUUAGUCUGUAUUGUCUUCGUUCUUGUAAAUAUUGAUCACGACAUUCUUUAAUAAAAUCUUCAUUGACAAACCA